GUUUGGUUCUGUCAGUAAUGGGGCUAAACUUUGGCAAAGGCAACCUUGUGAAAUCUUUGCCUCGUUGUCUACCAGUAGUUAGUUGGCAAUUAACCUUUAACUCUUGGCCUUUUGAAAUAUCCAUUGCUCUCUUCGCUUUCCUCCACACAUAAAAAAUUUAAAAAAAAUCAUUAGUUUCCUUUCCUUUCUUUUACCUAUUUUAUUACUAUUGUUUUUGUUUUUUUUGGAGUGAUUCUUCUUCAUCUUCCUCUCUCCUUAAAAAGCAUUGUUGAAACUUUGGAACUAGGAAUGAAUCGUGAAACAAGCUUUGAACAAGAAAUGGAUGGGGUUAGAAGCUUGGAACCUUAUUAUUCCGAGUUUGUUGAAGUUGAUCCUACUGGAAGAUAUGGAAGGUAUAAUGAAAUCCUUGGCAAAGGUGCCUCAAAGACUGUUUACAAAGCUUUUGAUGAGUAUGAAGGAAUUGAGGUAGCAUGGAAUCAGGUGAAGCUUCAUGAUUUCCUGCAAAGUUCUGAGGAUCUUGAGAGGUUAUACUGUGAAAUUCACCUCCUCAAAACCUUGAAACAUGAAAACAUCAUGAAAUUCUACACUUCUUGGGUUGAUACUACUAACAGGAACAUCAACUUUGUUACAGAAAUGUUCACCUCUGGUACUCUCAGACAGUUUAGGCUAAAACAUAGAAGAGUAAAUAUUAGAGCUGUGAAGCAUUGGUGUCGACAGAUUUUGAGAGGACUUCUCUAUCUACAUAGCCAUGACCCCCCUGUUAUUCACAGAGAUCUCAAGUGUGAUAACAUUUUUGUUAAUGGUAAUCAAGGGGAGGUCAAAAUUGGUGAUCUUGGCCUGGCUGCAAUUCUCCGUAAAUCCCAUGCUGCUUGUUGUGUUGGAACACCAGAGUUCAUGGCUCCAGAGGUGUAUGAAGAGGAAUAUAAUGAAUUAAUUGACAUAUAUUCUUUUGGGAUGUGCAUCCUGGAAAUGGUCACUUUUGAAUAUCCAUACAGUGAAUGCACCCAUCCUGCUCAGAUCUAUAAGAAAGUUGUUUCUGGAAAAAAGCCAGAAGCUCUAUACAAGGUAAAGGAUCCUGAGGUUAGAGAAUUUGUUGAAAAAUGUUUAGCAACUGUAUCCUGUAGGCUUACCGCCAGGGAGCUUCUGAGAGACCCUUUUCUCCAAAUUGAUGAUUAUGGAUCUGAUUUGAGACUAAUAGAGUACCAAAGAGACUACAUUGAUGCAGGAGCUCUUGUGAGACAACCUCUUUAUGAUAUUUACAUUAGUAACAACAGAUCUUUGAUCAAUGGAUACACCAAUUAUCUUGGUUAUGGACCUGAGAAUGAUUUGAGCUAUAAUUCACUUGAAUAUGAAACUGGUGAAAUCGAUUUGUUUACUAGUCAUGUAGAUGGGCAUUUGGGAGAUGUUGAACUUGCAAUCAAGGGCAAGAUGAGAGAAGAUGAUGGCAUCUUUUUGAGGCUCAGAAUUGUAGAUAAAGAAGGUUGUAUUCGAAACAUCUACUUCCCAUUUGACAUUGAGUCUGAUACAGCAUUAAGUGUUGCAACUGAAAUGUUGUCUGAGCUUGAUAUUACCGACCAAGAUGUCACAAAAAUAGCAGAUAUGAUUGAUGGUGAAAUUGCUUCUUUAGUACCAGAGUGGAAGACGGGAUCAAGCAUAGAUGAAAAUUCACAAUGCAUAAGUUCAAGCUUUUGUCAGAGUUGUGCUUCAAAUAGCUACCUGUCAGAUUAUUUAUCAUCAAGUAGUGCAGGUGCCAAGAACCUGCAAGUUAUUCAGUGCUCAAAACACGGUUGUACUGCUGUCCAUGGUCGUUUCGAAGAGAUCACCUACCAAGUCGGAGGGCAGGAACAAUGUGUUUCAGAGGUUGUAGAGGCAUCCUUAAGCCAAUCAGAUGGUAGUAUCCAUUAUGCUGACAUUUGGGCUCAGCGAGAAGGACCAGAACUAAGUUCACCAGGUCCAAAGGAUAUCCACUGUGAUGAGGCAAAUGAGACAUCAGAUCAGCCAAUUUAUGGAAAGGAGGAGAGAAUUAUAAGCAUGGAUAAUCAAAGUGAUUCCAAUUCUAGGAACUCUCUCUCUGCCUACAAAUCAGUGGAUUCUGGUUUCUUGGAUGAUUAUGAGAAUGAAAUUAGGCAAGAACUAAGAUGGCUCAAAGCAAAGUAUCAAAUGCAGUUGAGGGAACUUAGAGACCAACAAUUAGGAGUUAAACCAAAAUCUCUGAGCUCGACUCAAAGUUUCAACGACUUGGAGAAUGACAAAGAUAACAAAGCUUCAAUAUCUUCAAUUUUGGCAUCCCCUAAGAGAGAAAGCAAUGGACCUCUCCUGAAAUCAUUACCCUCAGGAAAGCAUCUUCCUCCAUAUUUUCCUAUUGCUGGUGAGAAAAAAUGUGCUAAUUUUGCGAGCCAAGUAGUCCAAACUUCUGAGGCAAUUCACAGUUCUUAUAAUCCUGAGACACUAGCCACUGCCAAGAGUUUCUACACAGGAGCAUUGCUUCCGCACCCGCUUCACAGGGCAUCAUCCCUUCCAGUUGAUGCUGUAGAUGUGUAGAGGUUGCAGAAAUUUCUAAUUAUAUUCACCAGGUUUGCACUCCACACCCUCUUGCCAUUUACUGGCCGACUCACUCUGUAACUAAAAUGAAGGCAAUGGAUAUUUGUUACUCAUAGAGAGAUAUAACUAUUCACAGCUUGUAGGUGUCCAAGAGGGAUCACUUGAGUGAAUGAAGAUCAUGUUAUUGUACAUUACCCCACUAAAAUUAAAGUAUGAAAGGUUUCACAUAGUUUCAUCUAAUCUAAGCAGAAGGGAAUUUCUUCUUAUCCACAUUGUUGCAUUGUCUGUGAGAAUUUCAACUGCUGAGGAUCUGCCAUGUCUUAAAGAAUGCUGUUGAGGAGGGUAAUUUUCCGACUGCCCAUGACAAUGUACAUUUAAUAUUGCAUUGUGUCCGUUGUAGCUAUAGGAUCAGUCUCCGAAUUCCCUCCACAGAAUUUUCAACCCCACCUAUCCAAAUUAGUCUUAUAGCUCCUAAAAACCUGCAGCCACAAAUGACAGAUCAUCCAUGAAGUCCAUUGCGAUCACCAUAGGCCCUACUUUUUUUUUUCCUUCUAAAGUAAACCAUUGCACGACUGUGGAUCAUUUUGUGAGAACAAAAAAGUAGGAUGGUCCAAGAAAGUAUGAUGGCUUUAGUGGUUCAACAAGAACACGUCACUAACCUAACUGCGGCGUCGUGUGAUUAUGAUUAUCUGCGUGCACAACUUGCCAACUUGAUUAGAUAUUUGAAUGGUAUGAUCAGUACUGUAUACAGCCACAAGCUGUUUAGCUUCCUGCCUGUCUAUACUUUGUAAAAUUACUGUGGAUUGCAGCUACUUGCAUGCUCACAAUA